GGGUAUUCCCUCGGGCUACCACAGCUCAUCUCUAUCAGAGCUCUGUCUGACCUCUUCAGAAAGCUGCACAGUUCAGCAAAGAGAGAGGAAAGACACCCGGAUGCCUUGCACCCACUUGUCCGAACCCAAAUUAAAUGCCCCACAACAGGGGAAAUGCUCAAGGCUUUGAGCUGCUAUUGAAAAAUCCUUCCUCAAGGAAGCAAAUUUGGCUACAAAGUGCAGCUUUCCCAUACAAAUGCUGCACGUUCAGUUUCAUGUGUUUCUGUCUCUGUUAUCUCUAGGAAUUCAUAGAAUCAUAGAAAAUGAGGGCUGGAAGGGACCUCAGGAAGUCAUCUAGUCCAACCCCCUGCCCAAAGCAGGACCAGCCCCAACUAGAUCAUUCCAACAAAAGCUUUGUCUAGCCAGGUUUUGAAAACCUGCAGGGAUGGAGAUUCCACCACCACCUUUAUGGUAACCUGUUCCAGUGCUUCACUAGCCUCCUUGUGCAAAAGUUUUUGUAAUAUCCAACUUAAACCUCCCUUGCUGCAACUUGAGACCGUGCUCCUUGUUCUGUCAUCUGCCACCGCUGAGAACAGCCUAGCUCCAUCCUCUUUGGAACCACCCUUCAGAAAUGGAUUUUGAGGCCGUUGGAAAGUGCUCUGCAUUACACCAGAAACCUGUUGGACUCUCCCUUCAGUAUGGAACUGCUGGCUUUCGUACCAAGGCGGAACAGCUCGAUCAUGUCAUGUAUCGCAUGGGCUUGCUGGCAGUGCUGAGAUCCAAGCAGACCAAAUCUACUAUUGGAGUCAUGGUGACAGCAUCUCACAACCCUGAAGAAGACAAUGGUGUCAAGUUGGUGGAUCCUCUUGGAGAAAUGUUGAACCCUUCCUGGGAGGAGUAUGCUACGCACCUGGCAAAUGCAGAAGAGCAUGAAGUACAGAGUGUGCUGGCUGAGAUUUGCCAAAAAGAAGCAGUAAACCUGCACCAACAGGCCUCGGUGUUUGUUGGGAGAGACACCAGGCCCAGCAGUGAGAAACUUUCACAAUCAGUGAUAGAUGGCAUCUCUGCUCUACAAGGCCAAUAUCAUGAUUAUGGCCUGCUAACAACACCACAGCUGCAUUAUAUGGUUUGCUGUCAAAACACUCAAGGGCGCUAUGGAAAGGCAACCCUGGAAGGUUAUUAUAACAAACUGUCCAAAGCUUUUGUAGAGCUGACCAAACAGGCUUCCAACUCUGGAGAUGGUCAAAGGUGUCUGAAGGUAGACUGUGCAAAUGGCAUAGGAGCCCUGAAACUAAAAGAAAUGGAACAUAACCUCCCACAGCAACUGUCAAUUCACAUAUACAAUGAUGGAAGCAAAGAGAAACUCAAUCAUCUGUGUGGUGCAGACUUUGUGAAAGUUCAUCAGAAACCUCCCCUGGGACUAGAAAUGAAACCUAAUGAAAGAUGCUGCUCAUUUGAUGGAGAUGCAGACAGAAUUGUCUAUUACUAUACUGAUGCUGCUGGUCAUUUUCAUCUUAUUGAUGGAGAUAAAAUAGCAACAUUAAUCAGCAUUUUCCUUAAAGAAAGUCUUGUCAAGGUAGGACAAAAAUUAAUGAUGGGAGUGGUGCAAACAGCGUAUGCUAAUGGGAAUUCUACACGUUAUCUUGAAGAAACUAUGAAGGUACCUGUUCAUUGUGUCAAAACAGGAGUUAAGCACUUGCAUCACAAGGCCCAGGAGUUUGACAUUGGUGUUUACUUUGAAGCAAAUGGGCAUGGCACAGUCUUAUUUAGCAAAGCUGCUGAAGAGAAAAUAAGACAUUUGGCAAAAGAGGGAAAAGAUAAUCAAAAAAGGGAAGCUGCAAAGAUGUUUGAAAACACCAUUGACUUGAUUAAUCAGACAGUUGGUGAUGCUAUAUCAGACAUGUUAGUGAUUGAAGCAAUCUUGGCUCUGAAAGGUCUUACAGUGCAAGAGUGGGAUGCUAUCUACACAGACCUUCCAAACCGGCAGCUCAAAGUUAAGGUUGCAGACAGACGAGUUAUUGACACAGCAGAUGCUGAAAGACGUGCAAUCUCACCUCCAGGACUACAAGAAAAAAUUGAUGACCUUGUAAAGAAGUAUAGAUUAUCACGAUCUUUUGUCCGCCCAUCUGGAACUGAAGAUGUGGUUAGAGUGUAUGCUGAAGCAGACACACAGGAGAAUGCAGAUGCUCUUGCACAUGAAGUGAGCCUGGCUGUUUACCAACUGGCUGGGGGGGGAGGAGGACCACCCCAGCCUGUAUCCUGAAGGAGGCAGCUGAAGUAGUACUACAUCACUUGACAGCAUAGAUUUUUCUUUUUGCUUUCUCCCCGCACCCCCAUAAAGCGAUUUCAAUUGUAAAAUAAUGAAGACUGAUUGGAAUAUUCUUCAACAUGAUGUCCUACCUCUUUGGAAUUCUCUCUAAUGGGAUUCUCCUGCUGCCAAGCAAAUUUGUUUUUCUUAGCCUUAUUUUAACUUUUUACUUCUAUUCAAGUACAACAGAACUGGAAGCAAGUAGCCAAUGUUCUCUUUCUAGUUACUUUAUCUAACUUGGAGCUGAUUUCCUGCACACUGGUUCUGUGUGAAAGAAGUUUUUUUCUAGAGGAAGAGAGUAUUAGUGUCAGAAUAUUAAAAUGAGAUUUUUCUGUUCUGUGGAAGUCUGGUUGCUUCUUCUACCUCCUGAAGCAUGUUAAGAAUAUUGCUUGCUUGCAGCAAUACACAGCACUGGCCAUUCAACUGUUACUGCUCCAGGGCAAACCUCCCUCUGCUCUUCUAAGCAAGCAGGACCAAAUUCUCAGUUAACUACUUAAUCUCACAUCUUAGCCAACUGUCCUGAGAUAUAAACCUUCAUAAGUAAAAGCUUGAUCCAAGACAAAAAUUCAUGUCUCAUGCAACUGAGAAUCACUGAAUGUAUUUUCCAUGUUAAAAACACAUUGACAUGACACUCAGCUCUAUGCUUAGGUUUCAACUGUUAACAAAGCUCUUUCAUUAAUAUGAGAGACUAAUGCUUUCAUGGUAGAGUGAUGAAUGCAUUAUGGAAACACUUCCAUUACAUUUAUUUUAAACUGGUUAACGUUUUUAUCUUACUGUGUAAAAUUGUGGAUCCUGUUAUUCAGAAUCUAGGCCAGCAGUUCUAAACUUUUCUGUACCUGAGGCACCCAUUACUGGACUCAAGGCACCUUCUAUCACUUUUGUGAAUUGAGUGGUAUUCAAUUUAAAAAACUAAUUUACUUAUUGCAGAACUUACCUUCCAACAUGGGCUGAGCAGUACGGGGUUGGGAUUCCUCCAGGUAGGGACAAGCCUGAGCCUGCCUUACCUGCUCACACUUCAUGGCACCCUUCAAGGGACCUCGUGGCCCUGGCCACCUAUAUGUGACUUUGCUCAUUUCUAUUCCCAAAGCUAUAAUAUUGCUAUACAACACUGGAAAAAUUUCUUCAUGCUAAGUUAGUUAUGUAAAGUCUUCUUCCAUGCUACUAAAACAAGCAGUCCUCCAAAGGCAGCAGAUUAUGACCAUUCAGUAUAAAUACAGCAGCCUCCACAAUUUAAGCCCUAGUUCAAUAAUGUAUUUAAGCAUUUUGCUCAAUUAAGCCUAUACAUUUUACUGCAUUUUUAAAAUAAAUUGACUGCAUUA